AUGGCGCCUGAAGGACUACCUUCUUUGGAACCCAGACGCUCAGCGUCCAUCGAACAGACCCUCUCCUUAUAUAUUGAGACUAAUACCCCAGCGGAAACGUCAGUAUUUACACACUGGUGCGCCCUCAAGGCGGUGGUCAGAGGAGCGGCCAUUCAGGUGGCUGCUUACAUACGCAGAACCUCCCGACAAAAACAGGCAGAACUAGAAGCCCGUCUUACAGAUCUAGAUGUAUCACUUAAACUGAACCCUUUUAAUAAGACAAUUUAUCGAGAACUGACCCGGGUCAGAGAUGAGCUGAAUAAAUUAGAACUAACGGAGGCCCGUAAAAACCUUUUUCGCCUAAGGCAGAAGUUUUAUGUGCAAGGAGAUAGGGCGGGUAGAAUGCUAGCUCGCAAACUGCGGGGGAAAACAGCUAAAGAAAGGGUGAAAUACAUUAUCAACUCAAAUAACAUCAAGAUAACCGACCCAUCCGAUAUAGCUAACUCCUUUGCUUCAUAUUAUUCCUCCCUAUAUAACUUAAAAGACGAUACUUCUACCCCUCAACCCACACCAGCCAAUAUUGCAGCCUUUUUGAAUGAUGUAAAUCUCCCCUCCAUUGACCCAGAUACUUUGCAGACCCUAAACCAACCAUGGACCCAGAAGGAAAUCACUCAAGCUAUAGACUCGCUCCCAAAAGACAAGGCUCCAGGUCCAGAUGGGUUUAUAAACAAUUUCUACAAAUGUUUCAAGGACACUCUGGUCCCUGUGUUAGAUGGAGUAUAUAAUCACGCCUCCUCCAUAGGGAACUUCCCUGGGGAGAUGUUAGAAGCCCGCGUAGUAGCUUUCCCUAAACCGGGGAAGAACCCGGCCAUGAUGCCUAAUUACCGCCCCAUAGCUUUAUUAAAUACAGAUUUGAAAAUUUAUGCGAAGAUGGUGGCUAACAGGCUCAACCCUUUACUUCCUUCUAUUAUACACGGGGACCAGGUGGGCUUCGUCCCCGGCAGACAAUCCCCUGAUAACACUAGGCGGGUGGUAAAUAUUUUAGAUGCCCUAUCCGCAUCAGAACCUCCUUUGUUAUUGCUCUCACUAGACGCAGAGAAGGCGUUUGACCGCCUUCAUUGGGGAUACCUGCAGGCGACCCUUAGAAAGUUUGGCCUUACGGGAACUCCAGCUGUGAGGAACGGAGUCUUUAUUACACAUCACACGUUCUGUAUUCUCUCUGAUUUACCGAGGAUGGACAAGAACAGGAGUCAUAGGACUGAGAGGAUAAUAAAUAUCACCCUGGAGAUCAUCUACCUGCUGACUGGGGAGGAUUACACAGUAGUGAAGAAGACAUCCAAUGAGUGUGAGAUAUUCAACAGCCGUCCCCGUGUGUCAGGAGGACUGAGUAGAACCCAGAGACCCAUCCCAGUGCCUCCACCUCACUCACUAAUACAUGAGAGACUCAAUGACCAAAAGAUCCUGGAACUCACCAACAAGAUCAUUCAGCUGCUGACUGGAGAGGAGGGGGAGUAUAUAGAGGAACACAGGGGUCUGUACAAGGACGUGAUGAUGGAGAAUCACCGGCCCCUCACAUCACUGGAUGGGCCCAGUAACAGAGAUACCCCAGAGAGAUGUCCCCGUCCUCUGUAUUCCCAGGAUUGUACAGAGGAGAAUCACAGGAUCCCACAGGAGGAUCAGGGUGAAGCCCAAUUAAAUAAUAUUAAAAUCAAAGAUACAGAGGGAGAAGAAGAGACGUAUGUGACUGAUAUGGAGGGAGAAGAAGAGACGUAUGUGACUGAUAUGAAGGCAGAAGAUAUAGAGGGAGAAGAAGAGACGUAUGUGACUGAUAUGAAGGCAGAAGAUAUAGAGGGAGAAGAAGAGACGUAUAUGACUGAUAUGAAGGCAGAAGAUAUAGAGGGAGAAGAAGAGACGUAUGUGACUGAUAUAAAGGCAGAAGAUACAGAGAGAGAAGAAGUGACGUAUGUGACUGAUAUAAAGGCAGAAGAUGUAGAGGGAGAAGAAGAGACGUAUGUGAGGGGGGAUCAGCAGUGUAAGGAGGAGGAGAUCCCUACAGAUAUCAGCACAGAUGGACACACAAGCAGGAACAUCUCAGAAGGACAUCUAAUGUUAUCCCCGGAUUGUGACAUAAAAGAUAAUGACAGUAGACAGGAUUCUCCAGGAGCUAAUCCCAUUACCCCAAUUAUACAUCCAGCUCUAUCAGCUGGUCCCUCUGAUCCUGGGAAAUGUUCUGCUGAUAACUCUGAUAUUGGUGCAUCUGUUACAGCUCUGAGAGUAGAUACAGUGUUUCCCUGUUCUAUAGAUGCCAAAUGUUUUACACAGAACACAAAACGUAUUACCCAUCAGCCAGCUAAGGAAGGUGAGAGGCCAUUUCCAUGUUCUGAGUGUGGGAAAUGUUUUGCACGGAAAUCAAAUCUUGUUAUACAUCAGAGAAGUCACACAGGUGAGAAGCCAUUUUCUUGCUCUGAGUGUGGGAAAUGUUUUAUAUGGAAAUCACAACUUGUUACACAUCAGCGAAGUCACACAGGUGAGAAGCCGUUUUCUUGUUCUGAGUGUGGGAAAUGUUUUUCCCAGAAAUCACAACUUGUUACACAUCAGAGAAGUCACACAGGUGAGAAGCCAUUUUCUUGCUCUGAGUGUGGGAAAUGUUUUAGAUGGAAAACACAACUUGUUACACAUCACAGAAGUCACACAGGUGAGAAGCCAUUUUCUUGCUCUGAGUGUGGAAAACAUUGUUUAAAUAAAUCACAUCUUGUUAUACAUCAGAGAAGUCACACAGGUGAGAAGCCAUUUUCUUGCUCUGAGUGCGGUAAAUGUUUUUCCCAGAAAUCACCACUUGUUACACAUCAGCGAAGUCACACAGGUGAGAAGCCAUUUUCUUGCUCUGAGUGUGGGAAAUGUUUUACACGGAAAUCACAACUUGUUAGACAUCGGAGAACUCGCACAGGUGAGAAUACAUUUCCAUGUUCUGAGUGUGGGAAAUGUUCUGCACACAAAUCAGAUCUUAGAAACCAUGAGAGAAGUCACACAGGUGAGAAGCCAUUUUCUUGCUCUGAAUGUGGGAAAUGUUUUACACAGAAAUCACAACUUGUUACAUAUCAGAGAAGUCACACAGAUGAGAGACCAUUUCCAUGCUCUGAGAAAUAAAUCAUCUCUUGUUGUACAUAUUAGACUUCAUCAGGUGAGGAACCAUUUCAUUUUCUGGAGUAUACUUAUUAUUGCCAUACGUUGUUCUUCAAGGUUCUUAUCCUAUCUCCUAUGCUUUUUGCAAUAUACAUGUUACCACUGGGUGAAAUAAUCCUAUGUCAUGCCCUCAUCUACCACUGCUAUGCAGAUGACCUGUCUCUUGCUCCGGGUACUGAGAACCCAGUACCAAUCCUAAAUGGUUGUCUAUCUGAGCUCCAGGUGUGGGUGAUGCCAGUUGGCUGUGACUCAGUCCUGGUGAAACAGGUCCUUAUGAUAGAAGCUCACCAAUAAAUGGCAGGGCUACAGCUCAGCUUUACUACCAAUCAGACGCCACAUAACACCCAUUCUCUGUUCCCUUCACCGGCUGCCUGUAAGAUGGUAACUCCAUUACAUAAUCUUACUGACUCUCCCAGCCCUACAUGACCAGGGUCACAGGUACCAGAAGCAGCUUCUAACUCCUUACUGCCCUGCUUUCUUACUUCCAUCUGCAGAUGAAGGUCUGUUACCAGCAGUACCAAGAAUCCCCAAGCAGUGCUGAGAUGUCAGGGGUAGACAGGGUGGGUGGCACUAUUGCUGUAUCAGUGGCACUGUCUGGGUAAUAUCCCCAAGCAGAGCUGAGGGGGUACUCAGGGUGGCUGGCAGUAGUGGGGACUGCAGGAGGCAGUGUCUGUGAGACUCUUGUCCUCAAGCAGAGUUAAGGUGUCAGAGGAGGAGACAAGGUGGUGGCAGAAGCGGAAGAAGACAGGGCAGUGGCAGUAGUGGGCUGAGACAGGGAGGGUUGCAGUAGUGGGGAGAGACGGUGGUGGCAGUAGUGGGGGCAGACAGGGUGAGUGGCAGUAGUGGAAGGAGAC